CCCCCUCCUGAUCCUGGAUCGGCUUCCUUCCUCUGCUUCAUCCAGCCAUCACACAGAUCAGCCAUCACAUUGAAAUUCUUCGACAGACCUUACAAUUUUAAUCUUCUUCCAAAAGCAGCAUGUAUUCCAGAAAAUCCUCACCAAGCUCGACUGGCCCUCCGCGCAAGUCGACCAAACGCCGGAUGAGUGAGCCGGAUCUAAUGAUCGAUCGGAAGGAGGUUCUUGUUGUUGAUGGGAUUAGCGAUGAUGAGCCGAUCUUCCUGGGGACGAGUCGCAGGGGAACUGACCAGCUCUCCUUGGGCGAUCUCUGGGGCCAUCAACGCUCUGAUGAGGCCGGCCCAGAGGGAGCAUGGAAGCGACCACGAGUGGCGAAGAAGAAGCAGAAGAUCAAGCCUCAGACUCAGAGUAAGAGCAAGCAGAGCCAGAAGAAGCCAGCCAAACCGAUCACUUACAAUAACAAUCUUCCGCCGAACCUGUCGAGCUCCAUCGGCUCGCCCACGCCGAGCGAUCAACGCUCGAUCUUCUCGAUCGACACAGACUCCUCGAGUCACUCCGAGCUCACCGACGGCUUCACCGAGCUCGACCUGGCCUUCAACCCGGCCCUCUUCCCGCUCGAGAUCCACCCCAUCCACGGCAUCCAUCCCUCCUGGCUCGAGCCCCUCAAGCCGAUCCUCAUCCAGCCCGAGAUCAUCAGUCUCCAUCAACAGCUCGGCCCAAACUAUCUCGGAUACGACUACAAACUCAACCAGAAAGCUCCCCAUAGACUCCGAGAAAUCGCACCCGCUGCCCACGAUCUCUAUAACUGGACUAGACUCACCCCGCUCGAUCAAGUCAAAGUCGUCAUCCUUGCCCCCUCUGUCCAUCAUCAUUCCGACCAAACUCACGGCUUAGCAUUCUCCCAACCGACUACUUGUACCCGUCUUUCUGGCGCCAUUCGAGCUAUCCAUCGCGAACUAGGGAACCAAUACCCCGAACGCUUUAUCCGUCCGCGACACGGCUCGUUAGUCUCCUGGGCCCGGGCCGGGGUGCUCCUCUUGAACAUCGUCCAGACCGCCCAACGGGACAAGAACGAGGCCCAUUCGCGGUUCGGCUGGCAAGUCUUCGCCACCCGGAUCUUGGAGAUCGUCAGUCGUCAGGGCGGCGGGGCGUUCGACAACCCUCAUCAUCAUCAUCAUCAUCAGCUGUCCGAUCAGCACAUUCCUGUGGCGCCUCCUCAUCAUCUUGAUCCGGCUCAUCCAAAUAAUGGGAUCGUCUUUAUCGGUUGGGGCGAAGAGGCUAUCCAACAGAUUCGAGCUUCUGGAGUGGCUUCAUCGGCUAGGAACCAUAAGAUCCUGACCAGUCCCGACGCGCCCAGUGGCUGCUCAACAGACAUCGACGGCUUCUCGCACCAGAACCAUUUCCGGCUCGCCAACGAGUAUCUGAGCUCGACCUAUGGCCCACAACAUGCGGUCGAUUGGUGCGACUUGCGCCCCUUGGAUCCCCAUUCGAAUCUCUGUCCUUGA